CGAUUCCGUCCUCGUCCUGCGUAUCACGAUAACAUUCGUUGCCUCUUCGUCACGCUCGACGGGCUCGUAAGAUAUUAGCCGUGUAACCGUGGUAGGGUGAGCGUGUGUUGAGUGGCGGUUGUGCAGACAGGUGCGGCCGCCGGAGCCCCAUCGUCGGUGGUGCUGGUAGCAGCGACUCCAAGCGGCGACUCUCGUUAGUUUCGGGCAAGAUGGGCGAACCUCGCCGGGCAGUAGCUUAGACUCUACCUACAAGACAACACAUACACUAAAUGUUUCCUAAUCACAAGUAACAAUUAAUUGUACAUUUAUUUUAUUUAAGGGAACACAAACUCUAUUUUUGUAACAUGCUGUAUUAGUAGUGCUCCGUGGAGAUUUGUACGAUAGUAGAAAAAGUGUGCGAGGCCACGCGCGAUAUAACGGGCGACGAAAGAAGACGACGAAUAGAACGAAAAAGAUACGAGGAGGAAAUUUUCGCGACUAGUUGGAAGACCUAAGUGUGAAACAAGAGAGAAAAACGAAGGGGAGCAGAAUCGGUGGAUACGGUGAUCUCGGGGAUAAAACAAAGCGGAACGAAGAAGACGAGAAGACAGCGACCGAUACGACGAGGACAACGACAAAGGGGACAAUCCCGACGAAGACGGCAACGAGGUGGAUAAGGACGAUUGUACCGCAACGGUGGCCGCCACUGAGGCUGAAAACGACAGCGAAGUAGGUGAUAAUCUCGCGUAGUCGCAUCAGCUCAGUGCUGCAUAGCCCCUAGCAUCUGAUAUAUAUUCUCUCACUCGGUGUGGUGCGUGUUUUAAUAACGAGUUACGACGUGGAGAAGUGUUCGACUGAUAGUAGCAGUGAAGUGUAUAGCCGACACACCCUCUUGACACUCGACAUCCGUCUCAUAUCGCCAUCGGUUCAGCUCUCUACUCCCUUCUUUCCUCAUCUUUCCUUCGCUCCUUCUCGCUCUCUCCUUCGGUACAUUUACGGAGUACAUACCGCGUGUACGGUUCGGUCACUGCACAGAAAGCCGCACACACCACGUCGCUCUCUCUCUUUCUCAUUUUCUCCUCUGCUCUUCCUCUCGUCUCAACCCCUCGUGUCUCUUUUUCUCUUUCUCCUUCUCCCGCUCUGUCCAGAUUGUCCAACCGUCUUCUCCUUCUUUCAUUCUUGCAAAGUGAUUUAUCGUUGCGCUUGUCGCAUCGGGUUUCGUCGGUGUUAAAACCAUACCGACCGGCUAUCGUGUCCCUUUUGCGUCCAUAACCAUACGUACCGUGUACCGUACGCCUCGUCCUAGCUGUAUCCCCCCCCUCCGGACGAACCCCCCUCGGUUUUACCGAACCGUUUCACCCACGGCUAUCCAUCCUCUCUCUUUCUUCCUCGCUCUUUUUCUGCCUCUGCCGCCACCCCGGUUGUAUCGGCCGAUCGGUGAGUGCAAAUUCGUUCGUGACCGUGCUUGUGUGUGGGUUCUUCUCUUCUGCAUCUAACCAGUGUCGGGAGAUAACGAAAACGCGGGUGACGCCGAUCUCUUGGCAACACCAAAGACCAGAAACCGGCGGCGACGUAUACAGCCACGAAUAAGAGAAGAAGCAGAGAGAGGGAGAGAGAGAGACGUGCCAUUGCUCGUAGUAAUACAGGACCGACGACACGGUAUCGUUUCGAGCAGGCGCCACGAGCGAUAACACUACAAACAUGUCCGUGAGAAUGGAAAACGUAGCCGCGCCAAGGAAACUCAACUAUAAAAUGAUGGGUACGAACGGCCCGAGACCGGCGUACGUGGGUGCUAACAAUGGUAACGCCGGUGGCGCCGGGAGCGGCGGUGGCGGUGGCGGCGGCGGAGGUGGUGGUGGCGGCGCUACGGGUGGCGUUGGCGUUGGUCCAACAAGCGGCGGCGGCGGUGGAGGCGGAGGCGGUGGCGGCGGUGGAGGUGGCCACGGACUGAAGGGAAAUGCCGGCGGCGGGCCACGAGGCGGGAACCCGGUGCAGUAUCGUGCGAGCGGUGCCGCGGCUUGGGGUGCAGCGCCGCCCUCUCACGCGGCUGCGGCUGCGGCCGCUGCGGCGGCUGCUUAUCCGCCGUACACGCGGUAUCCAAGCGCGGCGGCUGCAGCUGCGGCCGGCCAGAUGCCCGUCGGAGCACAACAACUACCGCCUACGGCGAAUCCUUAUGCCACCGCCACCUACGCACAACACGCGUCGUAUGGUGGACAACGGGUGCCUACAGCCUCCUCGCCAGCUAAUACUAACAGUAGUUCCAGCAGUGCUACCGGCAGUCGCAGCGGGACAAUGAGCACAAGUCUUAGCAAUAAUGCUAUACAAGGACAACAAGCAGAACAACUGUCAAAAACAAAUUUGUAUAUCCGUGGCCUCAACCAAAAUACAACUGACAAGGACCUCGUUAAUAUGUGUUCUCAAUAUGGAACUAUUACUUCUACAAAGGCAAUCUUGGAUAAAAAUACGAAUAAGUGUAAAGGUUAUGGAUUUGUAGACUUUGAGUCACCAGUGGCGGCAGAGGGUGCUGUGAAAGCACUGGUCGCCAAGGGCAUCCAAGCGCAGAUGGCGAAAGUGGGUAUCUGGUUGCUCCCUAGACUGCCCAGUGUACGUUGGUUGUGCAUGCAACAACAGGAGCAAGACCCCACCAAUUUGUAUAUUGCAAACCUGCCGCUGAAUUUCAAAGAGAAUGAUGUUGAGGGUUUACUCGCUCAGUACGGGCAAGUCAUUUCAACGCGUAUAUUACGUGAUACUGCUGGACAAAGCAAAGGUGUUGGAUUUGCAAGAAUGGAAUCCAAAGAAAAAUGUGAACAGAUUAUUCAGAUGUUCAAUGGGAAAGCAUUGCAGGGGGCUAAAGAUCCUCUGCUAGUGAAGUUUGCCGAUGGCGGUAAUAAGAAGAAAUCAUUAUACAAGAGUACAAUAUGGAGAGAAACCGGAGAGAACAUGACUUUGAAUUACGACACAAGUGGUGUUGGACAAAAUGGGGUAGCAACCACUCACAUGCUGCCUGCAGCUACUUUAACACAGUAUAGUCGUCAUUACGGGCAAGCUUUACCUGGGUAUGGUGUACCCGGAACGCCUUGGGUGACUCCUUACUUGGUGCAGCCUGCCCCACCACACAUGCAACAGAUGAUGCCAUCAGCUGAUCCUAGUAAUCCGCAAUACAGUAUGAUUCCUCAGCUAACAACACAAAUGUCUACAUUACAUCUUGGCACUGGUUCCUACAUAGCAGCAAGCCCGCAUCCCUAUCCUUACACUUAUCCUCCUAGCAUUAUUCAUACCAUGCCAUUGGGUGAUUCUGAACAAACGAGUAAUGCGGCGUCUCCUGAUGACUCCUACCAACAAUACCAAGCUCAGCAGCCCAAGUAGGCUAUGGUUUUUAGAUACGAUUGCACCGAGGGUUACGUAAGUUAAGAGAGCCACCUGUUGAUACGAAGGAUUAUAUUAAUGAAGAAUAGAUGAGACUAAAUACAUUACAUAAAGUCAGAUAAGAUUCUUCCUCAUGAUAAUUGACUUGCCAGCCAUCUUUUAUACAUUUUAUCCAUCAGAUAAAUAGGUGAAAGUAGUUAAUAUUUUCCAACGAUUUAGAGAAUGAAUGUUGUCAUAAAAAAGAGCGGGGUUACGAGUGCUCGUGUCGCAUCUAAAUUGUUCGGGGCACUGGCACGGCUCCAUACGCUGUAAGGCCAACACAUCAUUUACGACAGUGACAAAAAAACACACGUAAAAGAAAACUGAUAUUUCUGCGACAGACAGUUUAGUGUCAAGCUGAUAGGCUUCCAGGAUUAACUUUAGGUAUUACAUUUACUAAGAAGAAGAGAGAGACGAUAAGUCGGAGCUGAAUGCUUGAGAGUGUGAAUAAAAUAUUUUAACAAAGAAUAAAAAAAAAACAAACCUGUAAACUAUAAAAGAAACGCUGCUCAGAAAUAUACAAAGAAGAUUUCUUCCCAAGAAAUAAAUAAUAAUAAUAAUAUACAGAGGAACUUCCAAACGCUAGAGUCGAUAAAGAAAAAGAAAUUACACAUUCGGAUUCAGUUAGAUCGUGAUAUCAGUAUGAUGAACCGGACUUUUUGUGCCAGCUGGCUGGCCGGUGGCUGGGCUGCGAAGAGAAGAGGCCCCCUCCCCCUCCCCCCGCGGAUCAAUGUUUCUUUUCUCCUGGGAACGAAAAAAAUAUCUCUUCCUCGACAGCGCACACCAACCACCCCCAUCCAUCUACUUGCACUCUCAUCACACAUUAUUUGCUUUUUCGUUUUCUUCUGGUUUGCGUUCAGACAUUCCAACCCAGGCACAUAUGUCGUAUGCAUGUAUUUGCCACGCGGAGAUUUUUAUCUACUUUUACAAAGUACAGUUUUUCGCGUUCUCUUAAAAGAAAAUAAAAAUAAUAAUCACGGACGAAUAUAUUUUAUGGACAAGAGAAAAAAAGAAGCGAAGAUUUUAAGAGAGAGAGAGGGAGAGAGCGAGAAAGAGAGAUGAAGCUUUAUUUCUAAAAGGAAAAAAAACUUCAGGAUAUAUGUGUAAUUAUUGUAACGAGAUGGAAAGGAAACAUAGUACUUUUUAGAAGAUUUAUAUUUAUGAGUACAGUUACUACGAAUCGAUAUCAGUUUUAAUUGUACAGUGAAUACAGAUAUUUUUUUUAGAAUUGUGCCUUUUCAGACAGAUCCGCUUAGACAGGGAUAUGCUGGAAAAAUAUUAUAAUAUAUUUUUACGUCGGUAUGUAAAUGCGAAACUCGAGCCAAAUUUUCAUCUUCUAGUUAAGAGAAUAUAAUUGUUUUUACGUUGUAGCCAGUUAAAUGUCACUGCGUUCGUUUUUUGGUUACGGUUUCGAAUAGAUUUUGUAUGUGUAUAGUUGCCACUAACGGGAUUGACGGGCCCCGAGAACAUCUUAUUAUACGGUCCAUGCAGAGUCUAGGAACAAAACAAAAAAUAAAUCAGAAAUCAAACGGCGGAUCAUCGUAAACCGAGAGCCACAACCGCCAGAGAAAAAAGAUGAAAGAGAGCGAGAGAGAGAGAGACAGAGUAGGCUUGUUACAGCGGGAUACGAUAGAUAGAGUGUAAAUUAAUUUAUUAUAUCGAUCGAACGAGAAUAAAAUCGUGUUACAAAAUGAAAAUGAAGGGAGAUAGUGGGACUGGAGAAGAACGUUGGGCGAGAGGAUCGAACGCGAGGAAACAAAAAGAGAAAAACACGGAACUUCUAUCUACGGGAUACGGGCUAAGGUAUCUCGGAGUUGAGAGAAACGAAAAACCAGCCUCCUCUCCUGCGUUCCUCUAAGCUCGUUUUUUUACAUCCGACACAGUUUUCACGUUUGUCUGACUUAGAGAUCGAGUCGAAGAACAUUUAGCAGAAAGCUUUCUACCAAAUAUUGCGAGCUCCGGGCUCGAAGCGGCGGGCAGGUAGUUAGAUAGAGUUAGAGGCGAUCGUAGCUAUUAUUAUAAUAUUACAAUAAUAUGCUGUAUUAUUAUAAUUAACGAUUACUAUUAUUGACGUCAUCUAAAGUAUGAAAGAUUUUUACACUGUUGAGACUUGAAGUAAAUAAUAUAUUUAGUUUAUUUUGGUACAUCACGAUUUGAUGACAGGAGAUAAAAGAUGAAAAAAGUGGUAUGAGCUAUUUUUUAAGAGACCGAUUAUUACUCGAUUUGAGUCCACGCAUUAAAGGAGAUUAAAAGGGAAUAAGAAUAAAAAAAGAGAGGGAGAGAGAACGAGAGAACGAAAGAAAGAGGCGGAAGGGAGAACCUAUUUGCGAGCAUGUAAAUUGUUUGCACAAGCGAUAGUGUCACCACGACUGACAACAAAAAUCACAUGUGAUUAAAAAAAUAGUGAAUUUUGAAGAAUUUUACUAAUAGACUUGUACUAAAUAACUAAUUAAUUAUUGUGACGACCAAAACAAAAAAGAGCAGCAUUUUUCUAAUGCUGGACGAAACGGAAGAACGACGGUUCAGCCGAUAAAUGAAAGGGAAGAGGCGUAAAGAAAAUACGGAGGCCGCACUGGCAGAAAGGAGUUAAGGAGAGAGAGAGUGAAGAAAAUUGGAAUGCAAGGGAUGAACGAGCGAAAGAAAAAUGCGAAAAGGUAGAAGGCGAAUGCAAGGUGCGUACGAUAAUAAUUAAAGAAGAACGUGUGCGAGGAGAGUUGAACGAAAUAUUAGGGUAGAAUUGAAUGACGCAUGGGAUACGAGGUGGAGGAAGAAACGGGGAGUGAAAGUGAGAAAAAACCGAGUACGAAUGCGUCGUAAAACCUACUGUAUAAAUCAAUGCGAGGUAAACAAGGAAAAGGAGGACACUGCGUAGUUAGUGUUGACUAUGAAUACAUAGGCUAGGCACCAUUUUGGAUAGGAAAAGAUCGAUUAAGUAAUUAAUAAGUAAGUCUAUAGUUAGAUAAUUAGAUGAUAGUUAGGAUAUAUAUAUAAAUAUAUAUAAUUAUAUACAACUGCCUCUCCUUGGAAAAAAAAGAUUAAAAAAAAGUAAGAAAACUCAUUAUAGGCGAGGCACCGUUCAGCCUAUGCACUCCGCACCCGUCAAGACUGACUGGCUAUUCAUAUUAAAAUAAUGAUAAAUAUAUAUUAUUCUACAACAUAUUAUCUACUGUAAUAUAAAUAGUAAGGACUGCUUGCUGCGCACCGCGGGUCGGGUGCUUGGGCUGACCGGGCGUGAUUUACGAGAAAUAAAUAAAUGAAAACCAAUCUCUUCUUUGGAACGUAACAGUUUCCAAGCAACGCCGCUUUCCGUAAAACGAAAAAAAAACAAGCUUUCUCUAGAAUCUUUAGCGUAGCCUCUUUUUAGAUUAGAUCACAAUUAGUAGUCCGUAGGCUUAUGAUGUAGAAAGAUGAGAGAAUAAAAAGGAAAAAAACGUAGGGUGUUUUUAAGUAACGAAACAAAAAAAGUAACGUAAUGUUAGUCGAACGUCGGCUUAAGCGAAAGAAUUAAUAAGAUAAUUGCGAGUGCGAGUUGAAUUUUGAUAACGACGAUGAUAAUAAUGAAGGUGGAGAUGAUCAUGAUGAUGCCCGGAAUAAGUGACGCGCGUCAUCGUUACUUUAAAUUGUACAGUCCUUAGGUUUUUCACCGAGGUUUUAAGUCAUUGUUUUACAUUGUUAAGCGAGAUAGGUUCUUUAACUAUAAAAGAGAGAGAGAGAGAGAGAGAGAGAAAGAUAGAGAGAUGAACAUAUUUUUUUCCGCUUUCUUGUGCUCCUUUUUCGAAACUUCGACUCUCUUCUUGUACCUCCUUCCUAAUCCGUUUUUCCGCAAGUUUUACUUCCUGCUUCCCAAUUUCAUUCUUGCUGCCAUCAUCGUACUCUUCGAAUAAAACUUCGAGACGACACGCUGAUCGCGUGUAGUUCUCCGGGAGUAAUUACCGUUACUGCUUAAUUUUUGUUUUGUUUCUUCUCUUCACGAUGCAAUUAAUUGUUACGCGGUGUGCGACCAAUACACGUGAAAAUGGGAACUUCAUUCAGGUUCAGAAAGAAGAAGGGUGUAACAGAAACUGUGAAAAGGGGGAAGAAAUUACGUCGAGGCAUUAAAGUUAGGCAAACGAUGAUUAAAGGCUGAAAGAAGAAGAGAAGGUAUAUAGAGGAGAAAAAGCCGAACAUGCUUCGGUUGUUUGGAUACUUUUAAGAUGGCGAGGCAUAGUGUGUAAUGAAAUUUUUUAGAUUAAGGCAAGUGUGUCAUAGGUAGUUAAGAAAAAAUAGGGACUCUUAGAAGUCGAUAGGUGCUGCAACAAAAAAAAAUGAGGAUGAUAAUGACGAUGAUGAUGAUAUGAUGAAAAAAGUAACAGCAACAAAGUUUAAAACAACGGUCAGACUUAGAUUUUUCAUGAAGCUCGAAUAAGAACACAGGGCAUACGCCACUAAAAGUGCCCUUAGUUUAUUUUGGAUCGUUUAAAAACGCUAGUCUUUGUGUGAGAUAAUGUGGGGGUGAUAGAUAGGGUCUUCUAAAAAAAAGAAAAAAAUACGAAAAAAAGGAGAGGAAAAACAAACAGUAAACAAAAAGGGAGAGAGAGACGAAGCACGAAUGAGAAUGAGAGGAAGAGAACGUGAGAUAUAAAUAGUGAACAAAACAAAAAAGCAUAAAGUGAACGAGAGGAAGAGCGCAAGAGAGAGAGAGAACGACAAGUGCGAGAGAUGAGUAUGUGGUGUGUAGGUUGUAUGCAUAAUCUAAUAAUGCGUACUUCAAAAAAAAGAAACAUCUGCCUAUUACACGACACAGACUGCAGAAACACACUGUUACUGUAAAUUGCACACUGCGUGUGCACGCUCUGAAACGUCACACACUUCUUACACUUUGUAUGGGGAGCGUGCACCGAACAGUUUUUAGAGUUACUUAUAAGUAUGGUUUGGUAUAUUCAAAGUGAAAAUCAAAUUCUUAAUUAUUAUCGUCCCUUAUUUUUGAUCAAUAAACGAUCUGUUUUGGGGAUUUAUUCGAAUCACUUUUUUUCUUUUUUCCUUUCCUCAGUUUUCGCUUAUUAUACUUAGCCAGGAUAUAUGAGUGUGAAAAUGAGAAUGAGAGAGUGAAUCCCCACAAAUUCUAAUUACGAUUCUUUCUUCUCGCAUGUGGUUUCAAGUAUUUGUCUUACUCAUUGCAUUUCGUUACACAGGUUUUAUUUAAUUAUUCGUUUUCUCUUCUUAAUUUCUUGGAUUGAAGGUGUGAACGAAUAUCUUUACGGAACGAACAAACGAAAUGUAAAGCCUGUAAAAUAAACUUACUCUCGUACAAAAUCA